AUACUUUAUAAAAACUGGUGGUUUUAAUUCCCAGUGCCAAAAUAAACAAAUUGUAGAACAUUGUUCUUGUUCAAUGUGUUCUAUUUUGUCUAUUCAUGGGAAAUGUUAAGCCUAUAGACUAAGAUGAACUAUACCGAUUUUGUGACUACCAAGGAAGGUCACAACAUUCCUCAAGCUAAAUUUAUCGAUGACAUUGAAAAGUUCGUUGGCGAUGAUGAUCCGGUUCGUGUCGUCGGUACAGCUAAGGAACUGCUAGCCAAGUAUCGCUUCAUGGAGAAAUCCAUGCUUUCCAAACUUGGCGCUAUCAGCGAGAAGCUCCCAGAACUUAAGGACGCUCUACAUACGCUUGAAAGGCUGAAGAAAAAAGGCGAAACGGGCGACCACGACGACAUUUCUACAUUUUUCAAAGUAUCGGACACACUUUAUUCCGAAGCUACAAUUCCAUUUACGACUACUGUUUUUUUAUGGCUGGGCGCCAACACGAUGGUUGAGUAUCCAGUGGAUGAAGCUAUCACCCUGCUAACGGAGCAGUACAAGGGAACACAAACAUGUGUAAAGGAAGUGAAGAAGGAACUUGAAUGGAUAAAACAGCAAAUUACCUGCACAGAAAUAACUGUAGCUAGACUACACAAUUACAGUGUAGCUAAAAGAAAGACCAAUGGAUAAAAUUAU